AUGACUGAGAAAGUGCCAGAUCAACCCAUGCGUUAUCCUCAGUAUGCUCGGCUCUCAAAGAGAGAAGCUACUUUUGAGCACGGAUGGCCAGAACCUCUCUUAGGAAAAAUACCAGACAUAGCUCGAGCUGGGUUUUUCUGCAAAGGUUAUGAGGACAAGACAGUCUGUUUUCAUUGUGGAAUGACUUUAAUCAAUUGGGAUCCCGAGGACGAUCCUUGUGUAGAACAUGCUUACUGGAACCCCAAUUGUCCUUACAUCAAUCUGUAUAAAGGACGAGGGUGGGUGAUGAAUGUGUUCAUUGCAGGUUUAGAUCAGCAUGGGUAUAAACCUAUACCUGAGAUUAAACCUCUACUGAACCCAGAACCAGACGUCCAGGCUCGAGGAAAAUGUCACAUUUGUUUAGACGAAGAAUUACAAAUCGUUUUUCUACCUUGCGGACACGUGUGUUGCUGUGCUUUGUGUGCUCCUUCCUUUCAGUUUUGCCCCAUCUGUCGAGCCGAGAUUCAACAGUCCAAACGCAUAUUUCUGUGUUAA